UCCACUCUCAUUUCGUUCAUUCACUCAUCUCAUUACCAUUCUUUGCUAAACUUCUGUACUUCUACAUUUCUCCUAUUCCCUCUUUUUCUUUCUAAACAAUUAUUCCAAUUCUCAAUAUGAAAACGAUUAGAUUAAUUAUUGAUAUUUUAUUUCCACCUGUUUUUUUUUAAUAGGAUCAACAUGGCUGGUUCGAACAUAGCCAAUGGCAAAGAAUUUGACAGGGAAAUUCAGACGGAGGGAGGGAACGGAAUCUGCUACGACGACAGCACGUCGCCGAUCAAGGCUCAAACCAUUGAUGAACUUCAUAACCUGCAGAAGAAGCGAUCCACACCCGGCACUCCCAUCGGCUCGGCUGCAGAUACCUUCUCUUUAAUCGCUGAAGAAGAUCGCCAGAGGCAACAACUCCAAUCAAUCAGUGCAUCGUUAGCAUCAUUGGCGAGAGAGACUGGGCCAAAGGUAGUGAAAGGAGACCCGGCCCGAAAAUCUACAACUACGAAUGAGGUUGCACACGUGUUGCACCACCAACUCGCACCCACUAUUAACAUCAGUGACAGCUCAUUGAAAUUCACACACGUCCUCUACAAUCUCUCCCCUGCAGAGCUGUACGAGCAAGCCAUAAAGUACGAGAAGGGUUCGUUUUUUACCUCGACGGGAGCAUUGGCGACGCUUUCUGGUGCCAAGACAGGGCGAUCUCCAAGAGACAAGCGAGUUGUUAAGGAUGAAAAUACCGAGAAAGAGCUCUGGUGGGGAAAGGGAUCGCCAAAUAUUGAAAUGGACGGGCACACAUUCAUGAUAAACAGAGAAAGAGCCGUGGAUUACUUGAACUCUCUUGACAAAGUCUUCGUUAACGACCAAUUCUUGAAUUGGGAUCCAGAGAACAAAAUCAAAGUCAGAAUUGUCUCUGCCAGAGCUUACCACUCGCUGUUUAUGCAUAACAUGUGUAUUCGGCCAACAGAGGAAGAGUUGGUGAAUUUUGGGACACCGGAUUUCACAAUAUACAAUGCUGGGCAGUUUCCUUGCAACCGUUUUACACAUUACAUGACAUCUUCAACUAGCGUAGAUGUGAAUCUGACGAGGAAGGAAAUGGUGAUCCUUGGAACACAAUACGCGGGUGAGAUGAAGAAAGGAUUGUUCAGUUUGAUGCAUUAUCUAAUGCCCAAGCGACAUAUCCUCUCUUUGCAUUCUGGCUGUAAUAUGGGAAAAGAUGGCGAUGUUGCCCUCUUCUUUGGAUUAUCCGGUACCGGAAAGACCACUUUGUCGACGGAUCAGAAUCGUUACUUGAUUGGAGACGAUGAACAUUGUUGGAGCAACAACGGUGUCUCAAACAUCGAAGGAGGUUGCUAUGCUAAGUGCAUUGACCUUUCCCGAGAAAAAGAGCCAGAUAUCUGGAACGCCAUCAAGUUCGGAACCGUAUUGGAGAAUGUAGUAUUCGAUGAGCACACCAGAGAGGUUGAUUAUUCUGACUAUUCAGUUACAGAGAAUACUCGAGCGGCGUAUCCAAUCAAGUACAUACCGAACGCUUUAAUACCAUGUGUGGGGCCACACCCAAAGAACGUUAUAUUAUUGGCUUGUGAUGCAUUUGGAGUGCUUCCACCUGUUAGCAAGCUUAAUUUGGCUCAAACCAUGUACCAUUUCAUCAGUGGAUAUACUGCAUUGGUGGCUGGAACGGAAGACGGUAUAAAGGAGCCACAAGCGACAUUCUCGGCUUGCUUUGGAGCGGCUUUCAUAAUGUUACAUCCCACAAAGUACGCCGCUAUGCUCGCUGAAAAGAUGAAGAACCACGGCGCCACCGGCUGGCUCGUUAACACCGGCUGGUCAGGUGGCUGUUAUGGCUCCGGUAGCCGUAUUAAGCUUUCUUACACUAGAAAAAUCAUCGACGCCAUUCAUUCUGGUGAACUUCUCAAUGCCGAUUACCGUAAAACGAAAGUCUUUGGACUCGAAAUCCCCACCGCCAUAAAAGGAGUUCCCUCUGAGAUUUUGGACCCUGUGAACACUUGGUCGGACAAGGAUGCGUAUAAUGAAACGUUGCUGAAAUUGGCGAGUCUUUUCAAGAACAAUUUUGAGACAUUUACCAAUUACAAGAUCGGUGAAGACAAUAGUUUGACAGAGGAAAUUCUUGCUGCUGGUCCGAAUUUUUAAAAUGAAGCACUAAAAAAAUAAAAAGAUGGGGUUUGCAGUAAUGGAAAACGAUUAGCCUAUUAUUGUUAUUUUCUUUUCAUUUUUGCUGCUGACAUUUUUUUUAAAUACCUAUUUGUUGAGGAAGCCAUGUUGCUUUCCAUUUUGAUUUGUUUUAGAGGCAGAGAGUUUGGGAAAAAGAAGAGAUAUAUUUGGGUCUGGUUUAAUGCAUCGUCUUCUAAAGAGGCCGCCAGAGUUCGGCAUAUUUUAUAAUUUAUAUAUGCAAGUUAAUGAAUACUGCAAUUUCUGAAGAA